AUGGCAAAGCCUCAGCGACCGCUGGUUUGGGCUCACCGUGGUGCUUCCCAAAUUCGCCCCGAGAAUACCUUGGCCGCCUUUCGAGCGGCCUUGGAAGCCGGAGCUGACGGAGUCGAGCUGGAUGUACAUCCUUCAGCUGAUGAUUACGUGGUGGUGAUUCACGAUGCGACGGUCGACCGAACCACCGACGCCUCCGGCUUGGUGAAGGACUUGACAUGGGCACAGUUGCAGAGGGCCGAUGCAGGGGUGAAGCACUCGCUGGCGUUCGCCCAUGAGCGGGAGGUCUUGGAGUUGAUUACGACGCAUGACAAGAUGCUGCUGAUUGAGUUGAAGGGUCCCUUCUCGGGACUGCCCACCUGGACUGCCAGGGCGUUGAAGCCGUGGGUACAUCAGUCGGCUUAUCCCCAACUACCCCGAUUGGUGGCAAAAGUGUUAGAACCCUAUGCUGGUCAGGUGCGAGCUGGACAAAUCCUCGCACAGUCCUUCUAUCGACCGUACCUUGACGAGCUACGACAUUUAGUACCGGAUCUCCGACUGCUCUACUUGACUUUGUCACCUGCCUCUGGUUGGCUGCAGCGAGAAGAUCUCCAAGGAGUUCCGUUGGACUUCUAUGGGGUGUCAGUCCGUCAUGCCGCGGUGACGCCACAUUCGGUGAACGGCUUGCAUGAACGACAAGGCAAGGUCUUUGCAUGGACAGUUGACUCUGAGGAACAUCUCAAGGCUGUGAUUUCUGCUGGAGUUGACGGAGUGAUCACCAACCGCCCCGACAAGGCUUUGGCCGUGCUCAGUCUCUCAAAUACGAACUCGCAACGCCCCGCCAAGAGGCUUUGUGUGGCCAUUGUGGUGUGCAGCGAGAAGGCCGCUGGUACCUUUGUGCGCAAUGCGGAGCCGGCUAUUGCAGCCGUGCGCACCAGAUGGCUGCCCUCCGGGAGCACAGCAGGAGCACCGGACCUGCAGCGGCGAAUCCUGGCUGCGUUGCCACAGGAUGAGGUGAAAGCCUACCAGAGGGCCGGCCUUGCUUGGAGGCAAGCGGCCAAGGAAUUUGUCACAGAUGUGCUUCGCGCAUGGCGCUUUCUACGUCUCAGCUUCGGCUGGGGCCCAGAUUUCGAGAUGCGCUGCCUGCUGCGGCGUCUCAAACGUUUGGGGCAGCGCCACGGGUUGAUGGAACUACCAGAGGUUGCUCCUUCCAGCCCGGCCUCGACGCCCUCCAGUCCUGGAACCGCGUGUGAGGGCUACCCGCCGAGCUCGCCGCCGCAGAGUCCCGUGCAAGCAGCGAAAGGUGCGCAGCCUUCGCAGCUGCUGCUUUGCCGGCAUCCUUUGGGGAAUGCACUGGGGGAGCUUUGGCUGUUGCAGCUGCAGAGCAGCCGCUGCCAAGACCCUGCUCGACGAGCACUCAGCAGGCUUCUAGCAGCUCAGCCGCAGCUGCUGGCAAACCACGCCGUGUUAGAAGUGAACGCAGGUGCUGGACUGGUUGGCUUAGGGUCUUCAGCAUAUGCCAAGACGAUGACGAUCACUGCGCCUGAUGAUCUCACCUGCCGACUGAUCCGCCUAAAUGCCUCGCUGCUGGGCAAAGGCAAGGUGAUGCCUGAAGGCCGCGAGUGUUUGUUCUGUGAAGAUGCUUCUCACCAGGUGCCUGUGUAUGUUUACACGCUGCCGAUAUCGCUGAACGGGGCGAAAGCCUUGGCACGACAAUGGCAGUGGGACAGCGGCAGUGCGAUGCGUGCGCUAAAGCCCUCGCUGCUGGCACCCUCUUUCGAUGUAAUCCUACAUGCCGGCGAGCCUUUGGAUGUCCAGGGCCUCAUGGAGAUGUGCCAGCAUUUGCUGGCACCAGCUGGCCUUUUGGUGACAGUGCCCAAGCUUGGCUGA